GCUCUGGAGAGAAACUGGAGAACUCAUUUACCGAUCCUGCGUGUCACUGAGCACGGUCACGUGGCCUCAGAAGCCAAUAAGGCACCAAAAUGGGUCCAUCCCGCCUGAGCCUGGCCCCCGUGGGGAGGAGAUUGGCCGGUGUCCUGCCCAGGGCGGCGUGUGCGCAGCCAGAGGUCCAACACCUUCCCAGCCGACACGGGCCCCAUAAAUCCCCCAGCACACUCUGAAGAAGGCAUCAGUGCCCACCACCCUACAGCGGCUCCUUGAGUCACGGCUCCUGGUCGGCAACGUGAGCCAGCGUCCUGCCACGCCGCCCCUACGUGCAGCCACCUCGCAGUGACAGGGCCGCUGGAGGGGAUGGACUAUUCCUAUGAUGAGGACCUGGACGAGCUCUGUCCGGUCUGCGGGGACAAGGUCUCCGGGUACCACUACGGGCUGCUCACCUGCGAGAGCUGCAAGGGCUUUUUCAAGCGGACGGUGCAGAACAACAAGCACUACACCUGCACCGAGAGCCAGAACUGCAAGAUCGACAAGACUCAGCGCAAACGCUGCCCUUAUUGUCGCUUCCAGAAGUGCCUGACCGUGGGGAUGCGCCUGGAAGCUGUUCGUGCAGAUCGGAUGCGCGGAGGAAGGAACAAAUUUGGACCCAUGUACAAGCGGGACCGUGCCUUAAAGCAGCAGAAGAAAGCUCUGAUCCGUGCCAAUGGCUUCAAGCUUGAGACCAUGCCUCAGAUUGUGUCCCCAGUGCAGAACGACUACAGCCUGUCCUCCACCAUCCACAGCAUCCAUGCCAUGUCCAAGACCUUGCCACCCAACCCUGCUGCCCUGACACCCAUCGACUAUGAGCGCAGCCCCUACGGGACACCCUCCCUGGGAAUGACUGUGCCCAGCCAUGCCCCUCUCACUGGCUACCACUACUCCUCCUUCCCCAACCGCACCAUUAAGUCUGAGUACCCAGACCACUACACAAACGCGCAUGAAUCCAUGCCCGCCUAUGUGUACCCAGAGACCUACCCCAGCAGCUCCCCUCCUGACAUCCCCGAGGUCAUCCUGAAGCUGCUGCAGCUGGAGCCUGACGAGGCACAGGUAAAGGCACGGAUACUGGCCUGCCUGCAGCAAGAGCAAGGCAAAGGCCGGCACGACAAGCUCAGCACCUUUGGCCUCAUGUGCAAGAUGGCUGACCAGACCCUCUUCUCCAUCGUGGAGUGGGCACGGAGCUGCAUCUUCUUCAAGGAGUUGGAGGUGGGUGACCAAAUGAAGCUGCUUCAAAACUGCUGGAGUGAGCUGCUGGUAUUUGACCACAUCUACCGGCAGCUGCAGCAUGGCAAAGAGCACAGCGUGCUGCUUGUCACCGGACAGGAGGUGGACGUGUCGACCAUUGCAUCCCAGGCUGGUUCCAUCCUGAACACGCUGGUGCUGCGGGCACAGGAGCUGGUCCUGCACUUGCACUCGCUCCAGGUGGACCGGCAGGAGUUCGUCUGCCUUAAGUUCCUCAUCCUUUUCAGCCUUGAUGUGAAGUACCUGGAGAACCACAUGCUGGCUAAGGAUGCUCAGGAGAAGGCCAACGCAGCGCUGCUGGAGUACACAGUCUGCCACUACCCACACUCCACGGACAAGUUCCGGCAGCUGCUGCUGCGGCUGACUGAGGUCCGGGCACUGAGCAUGCAGGCAGAGGAGUACCUCUACCACAAGCACCUGAGUGGGGAGGUGCCCUGCAACAACCUCCUCAUCGAGAUGUUGCAUGCCAAGCGGACUUGAGUGUGGCUGCCAGCAUGGACCCAGCAGAGCCCCGAUGCUGCCAGCAGUGCAGCAAGGGCAGGACACAUGCCCAGGGCUGGCGAGCUGGUGCUGCCUCUCCACCCCACCUUUCUCAGUGAUGCUAUUUAACCUGUACUAUUGGAAAAGUCCCAGGUGAUUUAUUUUAAUGCACAGCAAGGAUGGUGGACAGCUGCAGGGCCAUGGGCUCAGCUGCCCCCUGGCUCCUCUGCACAUGUAGUGCCCAACCUGUCACCUGCCCAACCCAGAUCUGCAGUGCGAAGGAAGAGAAAAGCCUGUCCUGGCUUUUCUCCUAUUUAUGCUCCUCUGCCCCUACCAGCUGUUUCUUUGCUGCUGCCAUUUCUCCUCAGCCCUGCCCCAUGUCUCAGGGCCCCUCGUGCACAGGGCAGGGGAAAGGGGAGGUGAAACCCCUGGGUUGUGGUUUUGCAGUGGUUGAGGUGUCCCCAAGCACUGGCAUGGAGACAGAGGAUUCUGCAGGAGUCCUACAGAACUCCAGGACUGCGGCUGGGGAGAUCAGCCCCACGCAGCCAUUCUGAAACACCAAAGGGGCAGGACAGCUUCCCUCUCCCGGCUGCCAGCUGUGCUGCUGCUCAUGCUCCGACCAAGUGAGGGCAGGCAGGGACAGGCAAUGCUGAGCCUUUGGCUGAGAUUUAUUUUCUCAGUGUGUGUUGGUGCUGGAGACAGCAGAGCCCACAAAUAUCCAUGGUCAGUACAUCUCUGAGAUGUUAAAGCUUUGCUGCAGAGGCUCUAAGAGAUUCCACACCAGGAGCUGUUCUCAAAACACUUUAGGAUGUAGUCCUGGUGCUGAGCCUUUAGCACCAGCACAACAUACUCUGAGGCUGGAAAUCUUUACAGAUCAUAGUGCCAAGGUGAAAUUGGCACUGUGAGCCAAGCUGGUUCCUGAAAUGUAAGGAUAAGGUGGCUAUAGGGCAGUGUCCUUGGGUAGCACAGGUUCUGCCUUGCUCCAGCUGUCAGCCAUACCCAGACAGUGCCUGACAAACAGCCAUGGGCUGGGAACAGACCCUGUCACCCUCCUGUCCACAAGUGAAGGUGGCAGAGUGGUUGGGCAGAAAGGAGUUGUAGGGUCCAGCACAUCCAGUCUGAAAACAGCCCUGAGCUGCUUCUGUGCCAUUACAUGCCCAGGGACUUGUUGAAGUUAGGGGGCUUUGCAGCCCCCUCCUGCUCUUUGUGCCAGGCUGGGUUGAGUCCCCAGAUCUCCCAUUGUACUCUACUGUGUCCCCGCAGGACAGCAAGUGCUGCCAAAGCCACAGGUGAAGAGCCAUCAGUUCUUUUCCCAUCGUGGGACAGGGUCUCACAGACAAAACUGGGCAUCUCUGGGGGGCUGCUGUCCCCCAAAGAUGGGAUGUGCUGAACUCUGGAUGCUUUCUCUUGGUCUCAGCCAUGCUCUUCUCUCCUCCCACCCUGCUAAUGGGCAGCCCAGCAUGGCUCCUCACCACAGCCAGGCCCCGCACCUCACUUGGGCUCCUUGAAUGUGGCUGGGGCUGGUUUAGGUUUGAUCUCCAUGGUGGGUGUUUGCUUUUCAUUUCAAGGGGGCUGUCAUCCACCAUGGCUGUGCUCAGAGCUGGUGCCUUGAGGAGCUGCAAAUGCUGCCCCUGGAGCCAUGUGGUUUGUGGAAGCUUGUUAGAUGCAGAAGAGCAUGUUUGUCUCUGCUUUUCAACAUUUGUGCAUUUUCCUCCUGAAAUCUGUGGUUCAGCUUCACCUUCUUUUUGUGAACUUAAAGAACUGGAGAAAGUGGUUUGGGAGGUAAAAGAUGGUUUAUUUUCAGAAAAUGAAAAGUGUCCUUAAGUGUCUCUCCCUUUCUCUGUCUCCUACAUCCUUUUCUCUCUCUCAUCCCUUCUCUUCCACUACCCACCCUUCUUACCCUGGCAGGAGGUUACCAAUUUCCUUGUCAGGAGCAAACCACUGUAAUAAAUUUUGCAGUUCAUUAAAAAAAGGCAGACUUUA